AUUGAGGGGCGCCACCCUUGGUCUUCGGUCCACCCCUUCCCAUCAUGCAACACAGUAUAGAUAAGAUGUUCAGUCUUGCUUUCUUUGGGCAACUGUAAAGAAAGAGAAAUAAUGGAGAUCGAGCAAGAAAUAGAAGUUUCAGAACCUGUGAGUCCUACGGGACAAUAUCUGAGCACUUCUAUUUUAUCACUUUGUAUUAUUGGAGUUCUGGAAUCUGAAGUUCCCAUCGAUGACUCUCAAACUAUGGCAUUGCUCAAGGAUGUGUUCCUUCCUAUCAAUCCUCGUUUCUCUUCUGUUAUGGUUAUAAACAAAAAAGGAGAGAAACGUUGGAAGAAAGUUGAAGUGAGGCUCAAAGAUCACGUAAAAGUACCUAUAUUCCCAGCUGGAAAGUCAAGAAAAUUUUAUGACGAUUGCCUUGACGAUUAUCUAUCAAUGAUAGCCAUGGAAGAGCUACCACAAAGCCAACCAUUGUGGGAAAUUCACAUAAUAAAAUACCCAACUAGUGAAGCAGAAGGAAAUGCAAUCUUCAAGCUUCACCACUCGCUCGGCGAUGGCUUCUCUCUAAUGGGAGCUCUUCUUUCAUGUUUAAAAAGGGCUGAUAAUCCUGCAAUGCCCUUGACAUUUCCAUCUGUUCAGUUGCAUAAUAAUAAGUUGGAGGGAAAAAAGAAUAGCAUAUGCAGAAGCUUGCUAAGUUUUUUCUCUUGGGGGUUGCAUACUAUAUCGGAUUUUGGUUCAAGCAUUAUAAAGAGUAGUUUGGUUGAAGAUGAUAAAUCUCCUAUCCGAUCUGGGCAUCCUGCAGUGGAGUGUCUGCCUGUUUCUGUUGUAACAUUGUCUUUCUCUCUUCAUCAUAUCAAACAAAUCAGGACCAAGCUUGGAGUGACGAUAAAUGAUGUAAUUACGGGGACAAUUUUUCUGGCAACUCGAUUGUACAUGGAAACAGUGAAGCAAGGUUCAGGGAAGGCACGAACAACAUCAUUGGUGCUGCUAAAUACAAGGAUGUUUGGAGGCUACAAGUCUGUCCAAGAAAUGGUUAAACCUGAUGCUGAGGUGCCAUGGGGCAACCAUUUCGCAUUCAUGUCUGUGUCCAUUCCAAAAUUGAGUGCCUCAGAUGUUAAAGAUCCUCUCCAAUUUGUUUGGAAAGCUAGGAAAGUCAUCCAAAGAAAGAGAAGUUCUUUUGCCGUUUUCCUCACUGCUAAAUACCUUCAGCUUGUCAGGAAAUUUAGAGGCCCUGAGGCAGUAUCUAAACAUCUCCAUGGCACAUUGAAGAAUACAAGCUUGGGAAUCACAAAUGUGAUUGGACCAAUGGAACAGAUGGCGUUAGCUAAUCAUCCUGUCAAAGGCUUAUACUUUGUGGUCACUGGUGCACCUCAGAGUCUGAUGACAGGGGUGUUAAGUUACAUGGGAAAGCUUAGGGUUGCUGCUCUAGUAGAAAAGGACUUCAUAGAUCCACAGAACUUCAAAUUUCAUAUGCAGAAUGCUUUUGACAUGAUAUUCAAGGCUGCAUUUGGCGCUUCUCCUUCACCAGCCAAUUAAAACAAGACGCAUAGUUUCUGUACCAAACUUUCCUUUCCUGUUCUUAAUUCCCUCCCAAUCACAGAUAAAUAUCCGGUAUAUCAUGUAUUCAUAUUCAAGAUACAUGUGUAAGACCCAUAUAUUUAAUGAGUGGAUUCCAUUACUUGAAUCCAUGAUAAUUUGAAAAUUUUUUUUUAUCAUA